AGAGCCAAAAAUAAACAAAAAAAGAAAGAGAAAGUAGAAAGUAAGAACUAAGAAGGGUGAGAAUGGAAAUUAAAUUUAAUGAUGUUAGAUGAUGAUAUCAGCAGAUGCCAAGUCCGAAACUCUCUCUCAAGUAUCAGCUCCUUAAUCCUUAAUGUUUUCGCUCCCAUCCCGACCCAAAUACCUGUCCUGUCCUGAGAUUUUCUCACCCUAACUGGCAACUGCUCUUCUCUCUCCCAGCUACCUUCCCACUCUCUUCCAUACCAAACUCUCUCACUUAUUCACAGAACAUGGUGUGACAUAUAUAUAUAUGCCAACACAUUCCAUAGUUGAGUAAUGGCUGUUAAGGCUUCUGGUAAAUUAAACAUGUCGUAUGAUUUUGAUGAUGAUGAGCCAAUAACUUUCAAAAGGAGCACACCAAAGAAAAAUCUAUUGCAUUCAGAAGUCAGGAAGUCAAAUGGCCAAAGUUCUAGUUUACAGAAGGGUCAGAAGUCAAAUGUCCCAUCCUCUAAAGUUUCCGCCAUGAAAUCUACUGUAGGUAUCUCACAAGCAUCAACUUCAAAUCUCAAGACCUAUCAUGUGAAGUCGCCUUUAGCAAAUUCAAUGUCACCAUCAUUGAGCGUCAAAGAAAAGCCUAUAUCAGAACAGAAAAUUCCCAUUGAUGGUAAGGAGAGAAAAAGUUCUAUGAAACAUCUUCCUAAAAACAAUUGUGAAGACUCUAUGGAUGAGGAUGAUAAUAAAUCAUUGGGUGCUAGGUUGAAUGUGAACUCUAAAAAUUCUAGCAAAGCAACCCAUGUUGUUCCUAAGCGAUCUUUUGAAGACUCUGAUGACGACGACGAUGAUAUCCCUUUGUCAGCAAGGUUAUCGUGGAAUUCUAAUUUGGGAACAUCUGUUAGUAACUCUGAUGACGACGACGAUGAUAUCCCUUUGUCAGCAAGGUUAUCGUGGAAUUCUAAUUUGGGAACAUCUGUUAGUAACUAUGAUGACUCUGAUCAGAAGAAACCAAUUUCAAAAGUUCAGAAAGGACCACAAGUUGGACCGAGGGUUGGUAUUGAAAAGGAAAGGCCAUCUACACUGUCUGUUAAGCGACCACUAGAUAAGAUCGAUUCCUUACACUCUUCAUUUAAGAAGGCAAGACUCUUAGAUUCAUCUUCAUCAAUCAAUGCUAAACAAGUAUCAGUGAAACCUGAGCCAAAGGUAGAGCAUGAUGAUGAUGAUGAUGAUGAUAUUCCUCUCUCCCAAAGAAUAAAGAAAUCAGUGUCAUCUGCAGAUAAAUCGUCUUCCUUGAAGAAGUUUACAAAUGUCACUAAAGUUAAUAGGGCUACUUCCCUAUCUUUAAAGAAACGGCCCAAGAAGUUCAAAAAAACAGGAAAAAAUUCAGAAUAUUCCAAAUCUACUAAGCUUCUUCCUAGCUCUGGUGAUGGACAGAAAAAAUGGACUACAUUGGUUCACAAUGGUGUUAUUUUCCCACCUCCAUACCAGGCUCAUAGGGUAAAGAUGCUCUAUAAGGGGAAGCCAGUGGUUUUGACUCCUGAGCAAGAGGAGGUUGCCACGAUGUUUGCAGUCAUGCGAGAUACAGAUUACAUGCAGAAAGAUAGAUUCAAGGAUAAUUUUUGGAAUGACUGGCGUAAGCUGCUAGGAAAAAAUCAUGUAAUUCAGAAUUUGAAAGAUUGUGACUUCUCCCCAAUCUAUGAUUGGUACCAAAGUGAAAAGGAGAAGAAGAAACAAAUGAGUUCAGAAGAGAAGAAGGCCUUGAAGGAGGAGAAAAUGAAACAAGAGGAAAAAUACAUGUGGGCUAUUGUUGAUGGAGUUAAAGAGAAGGUGGGGAAUUUCAGAGUUGAGCCACCAGGAUUGUUCAGAGGCCGUGGAGAGCAUCCCAAGAUGGGCAAGUUGAAAAGACGCAUCCAUCCACAUGAUAUCACAAUUAAUAUUGGGAAGGAUGCACCACUUCCUGAAUGUCCUAUUCCUGGUGAAAGAUGGAAGGAGAUAAGACAUGACAAAACAGUUACUUGGUUAGCCUUCUGGAAUGAUCCAAUCAAUCCUAAAUUAUUCAAAUAUGUGUUUCUGGCAGCUAGUAGUUCCUUGAAGGGGCAAAGCGACAAGGAAAAAUAUGAGAAAGCCAGGAUGUUGAAGGGUUAUGUAGGGAACAUUAGGGCUGCAUACACACAAGAUUUUACUAGCAAAGAUAUUUCAAAGAAGCAAAUAGCUGUUGCUACGUAUCUUAUUGACAAAUUAGCUUUGAGGGCUGGCAAUGAGAAGGACGAUGAUGAAGCUGAUACAGUUGGUUGUUGUACAUUAAAAGUGGAGAAUGUUACUGCAGAAGCCCCUAACAAGCUGAGGUUUAACUUCCUUGGUAAAGACUCUAUCAAGUAUGAAAAUACCGUUGAAGUAGAGCUUCCUGUUUAUAAUGCAAUUUUGAAGUUCCAAAAGAAUAAACGCCCUGGUGAUGAUCUUUUUGACAUGCUGGAUACAAGUAAAUUAAAUGCUCAUCUGAAGGAACUUAUGCCUGGCCUGACAGCAAAAGUUUUUCGAACAUUCAACGCAUCUAUAACUUUAGAUAAUAUGUUGAACAAGGAAACUAAAGAUGGAGAUGUUGCAGAAAAGAUUGUUGUUUAUCAGAAUGCAAACAAACAGGUUGCUAUCAUUUGUAAUCAUCAACGUAGUGUUUCAAAAUCUCACACUGCACAGAUGUCAAGAUUGAAUGAAAAGAUUGAUGAGCUUCAGGCCAUUUUGAAGGAGCUGAAAACAGAUUUGGACAGGGCAAGGAAGGGAAAGCCCCCUCUAAAGGGUUCGGAUGGAAAGAUAAAAAGAAACUUAAAUCCUGAAGCACUGGAGAAAAAGAUAGCUCAAACCAAUGCAAAAAUUGAGAAAAUACAACGUGACAUGAAGACAAAAGAAGAUCUUAAAACGGUGGCAUUGAGCACCUCCAAGGUAAACUACCUUGACCCCAGGAUAACAGUUGCCUGGUGCAAGCGGCACGAGGUUCCUAUUGAAAAGAUUUUCAACAAAUCUCUGCUGGCAAAAUUUGCUUGGGCAAUGGAUGUGGAUCCUGACUUCAGAUUCUGACUCUCUGAGAUCUAUGGAAUGGAGUGGAGGCAUGCAACUGUGGGAAAAAAACGUAUAAUUUUUUUACUCAUUUCUUUUCCAUGAAAUAAAUUUGUUCAUUUUUCCCUUUGUUGUUUAGUCCUGCGGAAAUUAAUGUUCUCACAUCUGAUCUAAUUAUGGGGUGAGUUACUCCCUUUCUCCAUUGACUUUAAACUAUUCAUAUUUGUGAGUUAAUGCGAUACCCGGUGGUAAAUGUGGAAAAUGAGGCAAAGUUUUGUAGUUUCAUUCUUGAUUAUUUUGUUUUAUUUGUUAUGUGUGAUUUUAUUGUAAUUGUUUUGCGGUGAGGUUGGAUGCUUUGUAUAUGAAUUUCUCAUCGAGCACUUCUAUUUGGAUAUACGAGUUGCUAUUGUAA